UGCAAAUCCAAGGAAUUUGUCGUCCAGGCUUACUCACUUUGUUCAAAUAACUGUACAAUUGAAGUAUAUAUUUAUUAUAUCCAAAACCAGCGCACUCAAGUUUUGGCAGUACACUUCCUGACUCAGUAUACGAAGGAGAAGAAGAAACGAAAUGAAUAUUGUGCUAGGAAUCCUGAUCGCCAUCUUGUGCAUAUGUACAGUUUGCUCCAAGCCACACAGCGAUCCCCAAGAGAAUGUCCUAGAAACUAACGCCAAGGACCUUCAGCAAGAGCCAGAAGAUAUGGAGACGGCUGACACGAUGGCUUUCAGACCUCUGUUUGCGUACAGAAGAAAGACGGCACAGGGAUACAGGAUCAACAGGAGGAGUGAUUACAGUGGUUAUCGUCCUAGGGGUAGAUGGGUCUACGUCUACACGUAG